AUGGCUGAUCCAAAUACCUACGGAGAUGAAAUGGCCAAUAUGGCUAUAGCAGAUAGAUAUCAUAUUCAAUUGGUUAUUUUUCGUGCUGGAGAAUUACUUACUGUUGUUAAUCCACGUGAUGGAUAUGUUAAACAUACAGCAUUUCUUGUCAAUGUCGGUACACAUUAUAAAGCACUUGUACCUCGCUAUGAAUUAGAAGAGGCACGUAGAAAUUCUGAACGUCUCUCAAAAAAAAACUUAGUGUAUUUGUUUUUUUUUCUUGAAUAUCACUAUCAAUUGAUUACUCUUUAA